CCAGGUGAGUUUCUCCUGAUCACCCGAGGCCGUCAUUACUGUGUGAACUUUACCCACACACCACUCCUCACACCUCCACCCACUGCACACAGUCACUGAGUACAGACCGGCUGUUUCCUGUAAAGCGAGAGGAAGGAAGAGAACAAAAACGAGAAGUUCAGCGUCAUUUUGCAGAAGUGAAAGUGUGAGAGAGCAGCAGCAGAGCUGCAGUCGAGUCCUGUUUGUCUCUAAAAGAAGAGUCCAUCAGGUUUCUCUCAGCAACAGUGAGUGCAGACAUGUCUGCUGCCAGCAAUCAGCGAUCUGAAGAUCAGUUUCUGUGCUCCAUCUGUCUGGAUGUGUUCACUGAUCCAGUCAGCACACCAUGUGGACACAACUUCUGCAAAACCUGCAUCAGUCAGCACUGGGACAUGAAUCAGAGCUGUAAGUGUCCCAUGUGUAACGAGACUUUCAACAUUAGACCUCAGCUGAGGGUCAACACCUUCAUCUCUGAGGUGGUUGCUCAGUUCAGACGUGAAGCUCAGCAGAAAGCCAGCAGCAGCAGCUCAGAGCAACAAGCUGCCAAACCAGGAGAAGUUCCCUGUGACUUCUGCACUGGAACCAAACUGAAGGCCCUGAAGUCCUGCCUGGUGUGUCAGACCUCCUACUGUCAGACUCACCUGGAGCCUCAUCUGACAAAGGAAGCUCUGAAAAGACAUCAACUGAUUGAUGUUGUGGAGAACCUGGAAGGCAGGAUGUGUACGAAGCACGAUAAACCUCUGGAGCUGUUCUGUAAGACCGACCAGACAUGUGUCUGCACACUCUGCUCUGUUUUAGACCACAAGAACCACGAGUUUGUUCCUCUGAGAGACGAAUAUGAAGGAAAGAAGGCAGAGCUGGAGAAGACAGAGGCUGAGAUUCAGCAGAUGAUCCAGAAGAGACGACUGAAGAUUCAGGAGGUCACAGAGUCGGUGAAGAUGAGUAAAGAUGCUGCAGACAGACAGAAAGCAGAAGGUGUUCAGGUCUUCACUGCUCUGAUGGAGUCUGUUGAGAGACGCCUGAAAAAGUUCAUAAAGGAGAUCGAAGACAAACAGGAAGCUACAGAGAAACAGGCUAAAGGUCUCAUCAAAGAUCUGGAACAGGAAAUCUCUGAGCUGAUGGAGAGAAGUUCUAAGGUGGAGCAAAUCUCAUGCUCUGAAGACCACCUCCACCUCCUCCAAAGUUUCUCCUCCCUGAAAGCUGCUCCACCAACCAAGGGCUGGACAGAGGUCAGAGUGCGUCCACCAUCAUAUGAGGGAACUGUGGUGAGAGCUGUGGCUCAGCUGGACGAGACAGUCUGGAAAUAUAUGAAUGACUUGUUUGAUGCUGAGCUGCAGAGGGUCCAACAGUAUGCAGUGGAUGUGACUCUGGAUCCUGAUACAGCUCAAACUAAUCUAAUCCUGUCUGAUGAUGGAAAACAAGUGCACUGUGGUGAUGUGAGGAAGAAUCUUCCAGACAACCCAGAGAGAUUUUCUUACUGUCCUAUUGUUUUAGGAGAGCAGAGUUUCUCUUCAGGCAGAUUUUACUUUGAGGUUCAGGUUAAAGGAAAGACUAAAUGGGAUUUAGGAGUGGCCAGAGAGUCAAUCAACAGGAAGGGAAACAUCACACUGAGUCCUCAGAAUGGUUUCUGGACUGUAGUGCUGAGAAAUGGAAAUGAGUACAUAGCAUGUGCUGACCCUCCAGUCCGUCUCUUUCUUCUUCCUGGUCCUGAGAAGGUGGGGGUGUUUGUGGAUUAUGAGGAGGGUCUGGUCUCCUUUUAUGAUGUAGGUGCUGCAGCUCUGAUGUACUCCUUUACUGGCUGCUCCUUCACUCACAAACUCUACCCAUUCUUCUGUCCAAGUCUAAGUUAUUGUGGUACAAACUCUGCACCUCUAAUCAUCUGUCCUGUCAAUCAAACAACAUCAACGACUGAUUUUAUUUGAUGAACUGAUUGAUUUUUAUUGAAGGGAAGAAAUGAACAUAUUGAGUGUAAAUACUCUACAGUGUCUGAAUUGACCUAGCUAGAAGUCUGACUAGCUAUCUAAACAGCUAAACAUGAACCCAGAAACUCCAAAAAGUAGAUGAGCUCUUAAGAAGUUUACUGGUUAUUUCAUUUUCUGAAACUGCAACAAUAAAGGGAAUGUGCACUUUCUGUGCUCAGAAAGUGAGGACAGUGAGCUUUAUUGUAAAGUAAAAAACAUUGACUAUGAUCAUAUAAAUGCACACAAACACAUCUCUCCACACAUAUGCAAAUGCAUUAUAUUGCCUGAAAAAAUGGGCUAGAGGCAACGAAUGAAAAUGAAGAGUUUUAUUGUAUGAAUAAAUUUUAAAAAGUAGAACAAACAAUCAAAUAUGCUUCUUAACAUAUUCAUGCACAUACAAGUAUAAUUUAAUAUACAUUUAUUUCACUAUAAACAUGUAAAAUAGUGAUCUUUAUCUUGCCUCCUAAUGGAGAUGUCUCUCAUGUAGUGCAGCUUGCAGAAAGGGGUCCUCCCCCCCAAAAAAUGAAAGUCACACCACCUUCAACUCAUCAUUUUAUUGGAAAGAGAUGUGUCUGGUAGCAUUAUUUGAAAAAAAA